UCAGAUUUGCUGCAGACGACAGUAAGAGGAAAAUGAAUCGAAGUACUUUGAAGCAGACGACAGAGAACUAACAGGAGAAAACAGAAGACAGGAAAGUGAUAAACAAAACGAAGGAAAACCGCCUUAUUUAAAUUAUGGAUGGGAUUGUCUGUUGAUUGAUGUUUGGUCGCAAAACACAGUAUUAUAAAAAUAAUAAAACCUUAGGAGUAUACAGACAACAAAAAAUUUUAAAAUGGCGAAUUCUUUAAAUUCCUCUUAUUUUUAUGGAAUGGACACAGUUUAUAAUUGGGGAAACCGAAGUUACUUUACCUUCUUUUCAGAAUUUAACCGUCCUUGGAAUGGAAUCGGAGUCAUUGAAGCACUCAUCUACAUCGUUAUCUUUUUGAUAUCUGUUGUCGCUAACAUUCUAAUUAUUAUACGUGUUUUACGAGUAAGACAACUGAAGACUGUCACAAACUGUUUCAUAGCAAACUUGGCAAUGGCCGAUUUGCUGUUCAGUUCCGGCUGCCCAUUCAUUGCAGUGGUUCGAAUCACCGGCACAUGGGUGCUGGGUGGCUUCUUUUGUCAUAUUAUCAUCUAUCUAGAGUUUGUAUGUAUGUUUGCUGUCAUUUGGACCAUGACUGUGAUUAGCAUCGAGCGUUUUUUCUGUAUUGUAAAACCAAACUGCUGUCGUAUAUCUCUGACGAUGGCUAUUGUUAUUGUCAUCCUGAUCUGGGUCAUUGCAUUCGCCGGUUUCUUACCAAUGGCCACAUUUUUCAACAUUUACGCAUUUCCCUUCGGCAACGACACAAUUCAAAUAUGUACGUUGGUGUGGCCUUCAAAUACUACAGUCCAAGUUUCCAUAGUUUUCGUUUCCUGUCUGGUUUUGGUGGGUUUCAUCGUACCAUUGGCCUUAAUGACCCACAACUAUUACCGCGUCUUCCGAACAUUCUGGAUUUCCCGACAGACAAUCAUAAAGAAGGAAUGUAGUUCUAGUCAACCAACUGUUAAUAUGGCCGUUCAACCAGCCGCCAGCACGUUGCGGUCUCAUAGCAGCAAACUCGUUUCACAUAAUAUGAAAGUACGAAGCCUCCGCAGUUUACGUGUCAUCAGGAUUCUUGUUCUGCUCGUCCUACUCUUUUUCCUGAUGUGGUUACCUAUUUUCAUCGCUUUCAUAGUCAUUCAGUAUGAUGGCGCUUACGAAUAUCACCAGAUGCAUUCUUGGAUGUUAAUCACGUCUUCCUACUUUGCUUUCGCAAAUACUUGUGUCAACCCAUUUGUCUACGUAUUCAUCAACGAAAGGUUCAGAAUUACCAUAAACUUCUGCAGAAAAACCUCCAAAGAACAGCCGAAAGCUGACGAAAUUGCUUCUUUUUCAGCCUCAGCAAAUAUCGAUAGAAGUGUCUGCACGACUUCACUAACACCAGCUUUUUGUUCAAAAUUGCUAUAAGAGAAUAUCGUACUUUUCUGGGAGACUAAAAUUACAUCUUCUACAACCAUUAACACUGGAAAACGCGUGUUUUAUAACUAUAAAACCAAUUUGUUUUAUACUUAAUAUUAUCAUCCUUUA